AUGGCGGCGGCGGCGCCCCGGGCCAAAAGCCAGCGCCUGCGGUGGCACCUGAAGCUGUCGGGGCAGCGGGAGGAAGCAGCGGCCGCCAGGGCGGCUCGGUUGGACCUGCUGCUCCCCGAGGAGCCGGGGUUCCUGGAGGCUGACCCCGGCGAGGACACCUGCACCAUCACCCAAGGGGACAUCGCCGAGGCUGUGGACAUCGCCAGUGCUGCUAAGCACUUUGACCUGAGGUUGGAACAGUUUGGGCCGUACCGGCUGGAUUACACCCGCAACGGGCGGCACCUUCUGCUGGGGGGCCGACGGGGCCACGUGGCCGCCAUGGAUUGGCAGACGAAGGCGCUGAUGUGCGAGAUCAACGUGAUGGAGACGGUGACGGACGUGGCGUGGCUGCACACGGAGACGCUGCUGGCGGUGGCCCAGCGCCGGUGGCUCCACGUUUAUGACAACCAAGGGCUGGAACUCAACUGCCUCAAGAGUUUUCCCGGCGUUUUACAGCUCCAAUUCCUGCCUUACCAUUUCCUCUUGGCCACCGCGCACAGCAACGGGACGGUGACGUUGUGGAGUCCCACUGUGUCGGAGCCACUGGUGCGGAUGCUUUGCCACCGUGGUGCCCUGCGGGCACUCGUCGUUGAUCCCACCGGCACGUACAUGGCAUCAGCGGGGCUGGACCGCAAACUGCGGCUGUUCGACCUGCGGACGUACCGGGUGCUGCAGGAGCUGGUGCUGCCGCAGGGUGCCGGGCACCUCGCCUUCAGCCAACGCGGGGUGCUGGCAGCCGCCUGCGGUGACCUAGUACAGGUGUACAAGGGAGUGGGGAAGGAGGUGCCACCCCAACCGUAUCUCUGCCAUCGCCCGCCCCGGCCACCACACGGGCUUCGCUUCUGCCCCUUUGAGGACGUCCUCGGUGCCGGCCACAGUCACGGUUUUACCAGCAUUUUGGUGCCAGGUGCCGGUGAAGCCAAUUUUGACGCGUUGGAGAACAAUCCCUAUCGCAGCCGGCGGCAGCGGCAGGAGUGGGAGGUGAAGGCGCUGCUGGAGAAGGGUUUCGACCCCCAGGCCAAGGCCAAAUUCAAACCACGGCGACGGGCGAAGGGCAACAACCUCCUGCACCGCAAGCGGAAGGUGGCCCACGAGGAGCAGCGGGCUGUUAUCCGUCAGAGCGUGGAGCAGCGAGAGCAGGAGAAGAAGGGGAAGAGGAAGGAGAGGAGGAGGGGGGAGUCCUCCCUGCCCCCAAAACGUGGGGCCCUCGACCGCUUCAAGAAAUAA